AAGAAUUAAGAGACAGAGACACAGAGAGAGAGAGAGAGUCUUUGAGGCUCGACCUCUGUAAGAGAGAGACGUGAAAAUUGCUCGAGCCGACCUGAUUAGAGUGAUUGGCAAGCAAAGCUCAGAGUAUCUAUUUUAGUGCUUUUCGAUUAGUUGAUAGUUUUGUUUCUCAGAGAAAAUAUUGCUAAUUUGUCUUAAAGUUGCUUUGCCUGGGAGAAUUGUGUCUUAGAGAUUGCUUAGUCUGGGAGAGUUCUGUGUCUGAGUGACAGUUGCUGAAAGCUUGUCUACUCUCAGGUUCCUGGUUGGGUAUCUGAAGUUCUCAUCUCCAUUUAAAGAGGGUUCUCUACAAGUUCGCUUUAGUUUGUGCUGAUAUUCAUGGCAUCUCGUGUUGGGUGUAUAUCCUCCUGAAGUUGGAAAUGGAGAGAAAUCUUGGAAAGGGUAUGGUGGACCAACAUAAAAACUAUGAACAUAUUCGAUACAACAAUGAUGAAACUAGAAAUGAUGGACUUGGGUCUGCAAAUCAAAGAUUUUUCCAGGAUCCUUCAAGUAAUAUCAACACCAAUUUGCGACCUCCAGAUUACAAUAUGUCAGUUGAAGCAAGACCUGUAAUGAAUUUCUCCAUUCAAACUGGUGAGGAGUUUGCUCUUGAAUUUAUGCGGGAAAGGGUGAAUCCUAGACAGCAAUUUGUUCCAAGUGCUUAUGGUGAGCCUCGCACUGCAACUGGGUAUAUGGAGCAGAAAGGUAUGCUGGGACUUAGCAGCACGGGUUCAGAAAGUGGGUCUGAUAUCGCAAAAAUUAACUCUGUAGAAAAGGCUCUUGUUCAGGAUUUUGAGAGGAAGGGACCUUCCACGCAUGAGGACAAAGUUUACUAUGAUUCAUUGCGGUCAGUGCCCCGAACCUCGUCCAGGGAUGACAUCAGUCAAGGAUCUCAUGUUUAUGUCUCUUCAGGGGUUCCUGAUGGUUCAUCAACAAAGGUGAAGUUCCGCUGCAGCUUUGGUGGUAAGAUUUUGCCUCGUCCCAGCGAUGGAAAACUUAGAUAUGUUGGUGGUGAAACGCGUAUUAUCCGAAUUAGGAAGGAUAUUUCUUGGCAGGAUCUUGUACAGAAAAUGUUAACUAUUUACAGCCAAACUAAUUCAGUUAAAUAUCAGCUUCCUGGUGAGGAUCUUGAUGCACUGGUGUCUGUAUCAUCUGAUGAGGAUCUGCAAAACAUGAUGGAGGAAUGUAAUAUACUGCAAGAUGGGGGAUCACAGAAACCUAGGAUGUUCCUGUUUUCUAAUGAUGAUUUGGAGGAUGCUCAGUUUGGUCUCGGAAGCUCUGAGGGUGAUUCUGAGAUUCAGUAUGUAGUUGCUGUGAAUGGUAUGGACCUAGGUUCAAGAAAGAAUUCAAUUGCUUUGGGUAGUUCUUCAGGAAACAAAUUGGAUGAGUUACUCAGCCUAAAUGUGGAAGGGGAGAGUGGUUGUGCUGCAGCAGAACUAGGUGCUGCCAGCAAUGCACCUUUGGCAGUUGAUACACCUUCAUUGACUGGUCAAUCUUUUCAACCGCUGCCACCAAGCUCGUCUAGUGCUUAUGAGUCCAAUUCAUAUCCUUAUCCAGGACAGAGGAAUCAUCAUGGCGAAGCUGGACAUCAUUUAUUAUCUCCAGUCCAACCUUUGGAGAGCUUCCCCAAGAAAGAUGACAAGACUGCUUUUCCCUUGUCUGUCUCAUUGCAGUAUGGUUACGGUUCUGACCGUUCUAACUAUGCUGCAGCUGGAGAGAAUUUAGCUCCAAUACCUGUCCAUGGGCAUCUGACUCCGCAGGGAGGCUUGACUGAGCAGCAGUAUGGUGGCUUUCAUGUACAAGAUCCCGAAGUAUCCGUAAAAGAGAUGAAACUGAGAAGAGAUAGCUCAGCCCAGAAGCUAAAUGAACCUGAGAACAUCCAAUUUCUGGCAAAGGAAGCAUCAUCAAAGGAGGUGAAAAUGAAUAGGGACAGCUUACUCCAAAAAGUAAAUGAACCAAAUAAAGAUCAAACAUUUGACCAUGAGUAUGCUGUUUCUUCUCAUCCAAGUGAUUGUUCUAUUCCGAAUUAUACUUCUAGGGAAGAGGUAUUGGUUACUAGCUCAGCAGUGGAUACAGGAUCACCCCUGGUGUCUGUGAGAAGUAAUAAAAGGCUCCAGGAACACAUACAGAAUAAAAUGCCACCUGAAGGUGUAAAUGAUGGGACAAAGAAUAAUGAAGAUGACCCUUUUUAUGCAUCUGGUGGACAAUUUACUCUGGGAUACGGUGGAUCUGAGGUUUAUCCAACUGAUUUUAGCUACCACGAAGCACAACUGGUUCCUCCGCCAGUUUUUCAUUCUGAGCCAAUUCCCAGGGAACAGGCAGAAUUGAACCGUUUGUCCAAAUCUGACGAUUCCUUUGGCUCUCAGUUUCUGUUAACGCAAGUACGUCCCGAUCAUUCUCAACCGAUAUCAAUUGAUAAAUUGCAUGAUGAGCAUGUGGUUUUGCAGACUGAACAGUCCAACUCAUCUUCACAACCUAUGUAUACAACUUCUCAUACUGUUGAAAAUGAACUGGUAAAGCUUGAAAAGAAUAAACUGUUUGCUGACAGUAUUAAUAACAUAAAGUCCAAUAUUUCUGAGGAGGCACUUGAGUCAAAGUUACAGAAACCUGCUUUGAGAAAUGAGGUGGAUAAACAUGGAAUGGCCUGGGUGAAAGAAAACUACAAAGAUCCCUCUGUAAACGAUAAAGAAACAGCUGAUGUAAUAGCAUAUAGAGGUAUUUCUGAUAAACACAUGGAAGGCUCUGCUUUAAGGCCUACAGACUUUGAAUGGAGUGAGAUAACUGCCAGUCAGAAGAAUGGGAAUAAUAGUGUGGCCCCUACUCAGCCCUUGGCUUGGGCAGAGAGCCUGGUUAGAGGUGUUCCUCAAGGGGAGACCCCUGUUGUUGGAACUCCAGAGCAGGGAGACAUUCUUAUUGAUAUAAAUGACCGCUUUCCUCGUGAUUUCCUGUCUGAUAUAUUCUCAAAGGCAAGAAUCUCACAGAAUCUCUCUCGUAUGGGCCCACUGCAUAGUGAUGGAACUGGCUUGAGCUUGAACAUGGAGAAUCAUGAGCCUAAGCACUGGUCAUACUUUCAAAAGUUGAUCCAGGAUGAGUUUGUCAGAAAAGAUGUUUCACUUAUGGAUCAGGAUCAUCCGAGUUUCUUGUCCCCACUCACAAAUAAGGAAGGGACUCCCAUAGAUUACAGCUAUCCACCUAUGAAGUCUGAUGGUGUUGCACUCAGUCACAUUGACUCCAAUAUCAAUUUGGAUGAGGAGUUUCAACAAGGAUUAUCUGGCGUUAUUGGAUCCAACACCAUGAAUUUGCGUCCAGAUUACAGUCCUGAGCUCAAGGGAAAUGAAAGUGUGCAGUUGGAUGGGGUUAGCCCCAGAAUGCCAGAAUCGCAUUAUGAGGACGGGAAAUUUACUCAGAAUGCUGGUGCAACUCUUGGUGAUCUUUCUCUGGUAGAUUUUGAUAUUAAUACCUUGCAGAUCAUUAAGAAUGAAGAUCUUGAAGAGCUGAGGGAACUGGGCUCUGGCACCUAUGGAACCGUUUAUCAUGGAAAGUGGAGAGGAACAGAUGUUGCCAUCAAGCGAAUAAAAAAGAGCUGUUUCACGGGUGGCUCAUCGGAGCAAGAAAGAUUGACCGUGGACUUCUGGCGUGAAGCUGAGAUUCUCUCAAAGCUUCACCAUCCCAAUGUGGUGGCAUUUUAUGGGGUGGUGCAAGAUGGGCCUGGAGGAACUCUAGCCACUGUGACAGAGUACAUGGUGAAUGGCUCUCUUAGACAUGUUUUGAUAAGCAAGGAGAGACAUCUCGACCGUCGCAAGCGACUCAUUAUUGCAAUGGAUGCAGCUUUUGGAAUGGAAUAUUUGCAUUCCAAAAAUAUUGUUCAUUUUGAUUUGAAGUGUGACAACUUGCUUGUCAACUUGAAAGAUCCUCUGCGACCUAUUUGCAAGGUGGGAGAUUUUGGCUUGUCAAAAAUUAAAAGAAAUACCUUGGUUACUGGUGGGGUAAGGGGAACCCUUCCAUGGAUGGCUCCAGAGCUAUUGAAUGGUAGCAGCAGUAAGGUCUCUGAAAAGGUUGAUGUGUUCUCGUUUGGAAUUGUCCUUUGGGAAAUUCUCACUGGUGAGGAGCCUUAUGCAAAUAUGCACUACGGAGCAAUCAUAGGAGGCAUAGUGAACAACACAUUAAGACCGCAUGUGCCAAGCUACUGUGAUCCUGAAUGGAGAUUUCUAAUGGAGCAAUGUUGGGCCCCUGACCCAGUGGUCCGCCCCUCAUUCACAGAGAUUACUCGACGGCUACGCGUGAUGUCUACAGCAUGCCAAACUAAGCCACAGAACCAGGUGCCUCAGUGAUGCACCUGAUGAUUCCCUCCCACCAUUUUGGCUUUUAUCUUGAGUUGUGAUGAUGAGAAUAUGAGAUAUGGUUACCUUUAUAUACUCCGAAAAGAUUGUGAAUAAUAUGAGUACGGGGAAGGCCCAUUUAUAGGUUGAAAUUUUAGGUUGGAUCCCUAUCACCAUUGGUUUAUAUGUUUAUCGUUGAGAGAAAUUGAAGAUGAUCAGUUUUUAUGUAAAGCUAUUAUCAUCCACAGUAAACAGACUUUUGCUUUA